GCCAAGUACCAGAGAUCUCUCUCUAAGAAACGACAGUGAGAUGGCGGCCCUAAAAAUCGAUACAGAAGAAGCUCUUCGGCGUGUCAUUCACACAACACCUAUUAUUGAUCAUCAUGCCCACCCUCUUCUAAAGCUGAGUGCUAUAAGAAAACAUCCUCUCCUAUGCAUCGCUACCGAGGCCAAUGGAGAUGCCAUUGAAGACUCAAAGACAAGUUUGGCACAUCUUCGUGCUGUAAAGGUUCUUGCCAACCGCCUAGGCACCGACACAACUUGGGAAGCUGUUGAGGCCGCUGUCGCCAGAAAGCAGAAGGGAAACUAUGAUGAGUGGAUAAAGACGUGCAUGUCAGGCAUCGAAAACAUCUUGGUCGAUGAUCUUCUGGGCGAUCCGGCUGAUGUUGAGCCUUACCACACGCUCAAUGCCUAUACGAGAAGCCCCAACAAGCGCAUCCUUCGAAUCGAAGAGGUUGCAGCGAGCUGUAUCGAAAAGGCCUGUGGUCAAUUUUCACACCCUUCAGAGGCAUUCUCAGGAUCUGUCGAGAAUUUCAUGAACGCCAUCUAUGAUGCUCUCGAUGACCCGGAAAUUGUCGGCUUCAAAUCUGUUAUCUGCUAUCGAACAGGUCUCGUCGUCACUCAAGUCACCGACCUUGAGAUUAUCAUGCAACAGUUCCAGCUCAUUUUUGACACCCGGAAAGAAGACGGUGCUCAACCAUUCGAGAGGCUUGAUCAUGAGCCACUCAACGAUUACUUCCUGCACAUCCUGGCGGGCUUGAUCCAGAACGGCGAGGAUGAGCACAAGAAACCUAUCCAGUUCCACACUGGUCUUGGAGACAACGAUAUCACACUAUCCAAGUCGUCACCCGCACAUCUACAGGAGUUCAUCAAAACAUACCCAGAUGUGCCAAUCGUUCUCCUUCAUGCCAGUUACCCUUUCACUCGUGAAAUGGGAUACUUGGCGAAUGUUUACAGCAAUGUCUACGCUGACAUUGGCGAAGUAUUCCCCUUCAUCAGCCGCGAGGGACAAGAAGGUGUAGUCCGACAAAUCUUAGAACUCUGUCCAGUAUCAAAGAUUCUCUGGAGCACCGACGGACAUUACUUCCCGGAGACUUACAUCAUAGCCGUGGAUCAGCUCCGGGAGGUGCUGCAGACGGUGCUAGCAGAUUAUGUCCACAAGGGAGAUAUGACCUGGACACAGGCAGCUCAGCUGGUUCAAGACAUUCUCUUCAACAACGCCAACAAGCUAUAUGAUCUGAAAUUAGAAUUCAAGCCAUUGCCACCAGACUCGAGUCAAGGCUUUGAGUCUUCUGAGCAAACGUACGUUGCGACACUGGCCAGAUUCCUUAAGAAUAAGGAAGAACCGAGAUUCUUGCGGGUGACUUGGACUGACUUCAUCGCAAUGUCUCGAGCGAGAGCAAUUCCUAUGCGCCGCGUCUGGUCCAUGCUGCGAAACGGCGAAGACUUUACACUCGGCGUGACAAAGGCUGGUCUUGGAAUCGACCAGAGAGAUUCGCCAGUGCCGAGUAUCACACCAACAGGAGAGUAUAGAUUGCAUCCCGAUCUGAGCAGCCUUCGUAUUGGUCCUCGUAAGGGACAUAUAAGUGUCAUGGGUGACUUCAAAGAAAAGGACGGUACACCCGCGCCUUUCUGUACACGUACCCUCCUAAAGAAGACACUCAAGCAGGCAGCCGAGCAGGGACUCGAGUUUACGCUCGGAUUCGAGAUCGAGCUUGUGCUUUUCCGCCGCGGUCACGAGAACAAGUUCGAACCACUUGAUAGCGAUGGACAUAUGUGGUCGGUCACUCGGGCUCUGGACCAUGAAGCGGUGAUUGAGGUUCUUGAAGAUGCCGUUGAACAGCUCGAUGCUGCUGGCGUGUAUAUUGAGUUGAUGCACCCCGAAAGUGCCAAUGGGCAGUACGAGUUUGUUCUGCCCAAGGCAUCGGCGCUCGAGGCAGUUGACACUCUCCUCUACACCAGAGAAGUCAUCAGCAGUUGCGCUACAGCAAAGGGAUACCGCAUGACGCUUCAUCCUAAGCCAUAUGCCAUGUCAUGCGGAACAGCAGCGCAUAUGCACAUGUCUAUCUCAUCACCUAUCGGAUCGGAUAAGCAAGUUUACGAACCCUUCUACGCAGGCGUCCUGAAGCAUCUCCGAGCCAUUGCGGCCUUCACAUACAGCAGCAUGGUCAGUUAUGAACGCGUUGUAGACGGCUGCUGGGCCGGCGGGACUUGGGUAACAUGGGGUACCCAGAACCGUGAAGUGCCACUACGCAAGAUCGAGGGUAGUCACUGGGAGAUCAAGUGCAUCGACGGACUUGCCAACCCCUACUUGUCGCUUGCGGCGAUCCUAUUAGCGGGGACAAAGGGCGUUGCUGACGAGGAAGAGCUGGUCUGGAAAGACUGCGCCAAGGACCCUGCAGUGCUGUCUUCGUUAGAGAGAGAAGAGCUCAACAUGAGUGCAAGAUUGCCUAGAAGCAUUCAAGAGGCGCUUGCGGCGCUGGGUGAAGAUGAAGAGCUGACUGAACUACUUGGUCCCGAAGUUGUUGAGAGAUUCGUUGAUAUCAAGAAGGCCGAGACAGCUAUUUUGGAGGAGAUGGGGGUUGAUGAGCGGAAACAGUGGGUUAUGGAGCGAUACUGAAGCUGACGAUGACCUCGUUGACAUUUGAUGAGGAGAUGGAUAUUAGCUAAUAGACUGAAAAUUUGACAUCUUCAGCAAGGCUUUCUACAUUAGUGAAUUCAUCUCCCCUGCCAGCUGAAACAUUUGAUGCCCAGUGUCAUGAUGGUGACUCCGCAACAAUGGGGCACGAAGCUCUGGAAAUGCUCUAACAUGGACAUGGCGUUCGUGAAACCCAUGGUCCUGGGUACGGUACCAGGGAUUAUGCAGGGAGCACUUCUGAUCA